AUGCUGUGGCAGGGGCUCAAGCAGUGGCUGAAUGGCCUUUCCGCAAAGGCCAUCCUCCAGCGUAUGGACAAGAGGCGGCAGCAGAAUGUGAUCGACACACAUAGGCUGUACCUCCUCACCAACUAUUGGUGGCAGAGGCAAAAAGAACAUGCAGAACAACAUCUCAAGUGCAACACAAACAGCUCAGAAAAGAGGGGAGCACGAAUGGGCAGAAACAUGCACUCCAGGGUGGUCAUCCAUGGCGGAAUUCAAUGUCGAGCUGGAGAAUACAACACCAGAACAGCAGUUAGUGUUGCGAUUGGGGAUGGGUAUGCUGAUGCUCUGGCAAAAGAGGCAGAAGAACUUGGCUUUGAGGGUCAACUGGAGGUGGUACAAGAUCACAUCAGCAGACAGGUUUUUGACAUGGCCAGGAUGCUGGACGAGGACCUGGCCAAGAAGGGUCAACAGAGGACGUGGACGUUUGCAGCAGAGAGAGGCACUCAUCGGCGGGCUAUGGAUGCUGAAAAGGGCUCAGAAGAAGAGGCAGCCCCAACCCCCAAGAGAGGCUCUGGACUGGCAAUGGCGAUGGGGUGGCAUGCACGUGCUGGUGCAGUGAUCGUCCAAAUGGGCCAGCUGUGGUGGAUGGCAAGCAAGGCGCUGAGACUGGCUCUACACAAGUGGAGGUCCACAGCCCUGCAGAAGCAGCCAGAUCGAUUGGGGGGGAUGGAGUUGUGA